CUGUCCUUUUUAAAUAGCGCGCAACUCUAUUAUAUAGUAAAGUACAUUUUGGUCCGUAUCUAGAGUCAUUAGUGAUUUUAUGGUACUUAAUUGGGUGAAAACUUCUCUGCCGUCCUCAACCAUUUGAACUACCUGAAAAAGUUGUUAUAUGGAUGAAACUACGGAGCGGCUCUUCUGUUAAGAACGUUACACCUUGGUGGCUAUACUCUGAAACAUGGAUUUUCAGUCAAAAAUUUCUAAACCUAUUGAUAGAGUUCAGGUCGAAGGAAAGGUGUUCUUAAAAAUGAUUAAGCACUAUGAAGAAGAAUCUGUAUCUAGCCAAAACUUUGUCAAUGGUGUAUUGUUAGGGCUUGCACAAGGCAGUCAACUUGAAAUCACUAAUUGCUUCCCAUUACCGAAGACUCAAGAAGAUGAUCCAAAUGCCAACGAGGCUCUGGUCACUUAUGAAGCUAAUAUGAUACGUAAUUUAAGACAACUACAAACAGACUACCUCAAUGUAGGAUUUUAUCAAGCUGGUCCUGGGGGCAUCUCUAUUAACCGUGCUAACAUUGAAAACAUUUAUCAACGUCAAAUUAAUCUCCCUGAAUCUGUGUUGCUGACUUAUGACCCAACAAGAACUAGCAGAGGUCAAAUUGGUCUGAAAGCGUAUCGUCUGUCUGACGAUGUUCUUGCUGCAAGAUCCGAGGCUGAAGAUCGUUUUCGUCUGAUGGGCCACAAGGGUCCUGAGGUCCCAUGGGAAUGUGAAGCGGCAAGCAGUGUAGGUCGCAGUAGUUUUACUCGUGUUCUAGAAGAGAUACCAGUUGUGAUUCAUAAUUCACAUCUCGUAAACAUCCUUUUGACUGAAAUCGUUGAUAAUCAAGAACUGUCGCGAUCGGAGCUUUCUACAAAUUCAUCAAUGCUAGAUCUGGCCCCACCGCUUCCAAAAGACCAUCCUGGUCGUUAUUCUACUCUCAAUUUAAGCAUGGCCUCUAGUUUAGAACAACAGUUACGUUCUCUUCUUGCGGGUUUAGAAACAGUACAUGAUUACCAGUAUUCGUAUCAGCGUAGUCUAUCAAAAUCUCAAACUACGGUAGCUGGCAAGACCGCAACAGAAACACGUAAUCGGGAGUUGGCUCCAAUACGUUUAGAUACUGCGUUGGUUUCAGCUCAGCUUGAUUUCUACUGCAACAGUCUUGCUCAGAUGGCGGGUCAAACAAUUGGUAAAUUAAUGUUAACACAAGCUGUACAAAAAACAAGUUCAUCCGGAGCUCCCAAAUCUCAAAAAAUUUAAACGAUAUAAAGAUCUAAAUAACUUGUAUAACAUAAUAAACAAAAUGGUGUUAUGUUGAUAUUUGUUUUAAUCUGUAUAGUUAUUUCUCAUUUGAUCUUGGUCAAAAGCCUUUCCAUUCAUCUCAUUGAUAGUUUUAUGAGUUCGUUUCUAAAUAGUCGAUAACGGUAACACGAGUAUCUCUUUAGAAGAGCUCCUCAUUGCUCUCUCUUCAUUCACAAAUUAAUAAAAAGCCUUAUUUUUAUCCAACCUGAUAAGUAAUUCGUUAAGAUAGGUUUCGAAAUAGGGGUUCUUCCACUCAGUCUAGCACUACAUUUCUCAACAAUCCCACAAUUUAAGGGUUUGACUUGUUUAACAUAUAUUGCUAACAACCUAAAUCAGUAAGACCUAAUUUUAUACUGUUUGUUCACAUACCAAGACUCAUUCCAAUAUUUUCUCUUGAUACUUAUUCCGUAGAUUGUCACUUUCAUUGCAGGUCUAACCUAGUAUGUUGUUCGUAUUCCUAUCUUAGUGUCAUCAAACUAUUUUUCAGUGCGUAAAUUUUUAUUUCAAUAAAGUUGAUAUUACAAUUCAGACAUCGAAAGUACCGGUUUGGCAAGAAAUUAUUUUAAUUCCCCACCAUGGCUCUACAUAUAAACUUUAUUCAUACAUUAUAAAAUCAGUACCAAUCGAACGAUGGAUCCAUUAUCGUAAGAUGUAUAUAAACACAAAUUCCUUAGUGAUUGUGUAGUUAUGAAAAUUAAAAAUGGAAGUCGUAUCUGUUUGGUAAUAGAUGGAUGGCUGUUCUUCACUUAACUUUAAGGGGUGGUAUUCGAGUUACAAUGAACUUGCCUAAUUGUCCAUACAAUAUAACUAUCCACUGAAGCCUUUGAGCUGUUAAAUACGCAGGCAACGGAACUCCACAGUUUAUCUUUAUUUCAUACAUUCAUUGUUGGUCGACUGUGAAACGAAUAUCGUAACCCUGAUAUAUUGGAUUCUCUUUAAAGCGUUUCUUAAACUUCGAUAAUGUAAUAAGAAGACG